CCAGGAGCUCUGAACACACAGGCCCAAAAUUGGGAUAGAAGGUGGAUUUUGAAAAAAGAGGUUAAAUAACAGGUUUUUGCAUUUCACCUUAUAGGAAUGGGAUGGGGGGUUGGGGUACCGGGCCUCCAGCCAAUAGAGGACCAAGAGUUGUCAGGAGGGCUUAUAAAGCUUGCUAUUUCUGGCAUUUUUUCUCUUUCUCUGCUGAUUAUGCAGCAGAAUCGCACAGAGGCUGUCGCGGGCGCGUUCUCUCGCUGCUGGGGCUUCUGUGGAAUGAGACUCGGGUUCCUCCUACUUACAAGACCCUGGUGCAUUGCAGGUGUGUUUCAGCAGAAGUUUGAUGGUGAGAGUGCCUACGUGGGGAUGAGUGACGGAAACCCAGAGCUCCUAGCAACCAGCCAGACCUACAACAGCCAGAACGAGAGCAACGAAGACUAUGAGAUCCCCCCAAUAACACCUCCCAACCUCCCCGAGCCAUCCCUCCUGCACCUGGGGGACCACGAAGCCGGCUACCACUCACUGUGCCACGGCCUCACGCCCAACGGGCUGCUCCCUGCUUACUCCUACCAGGCCAUGGACCUCCCAGCCAUCAUGGUGUCCAACAUGCUGGCCCAGGACAGCCACCUGCUAUCGGGCCAGUUGCCCACGAUCCAGGAGAUGGUCCACUCAGAGGUUGCUGCCUACGACUCGGGCCGACCAGGGCCCCUGCUGGGCCGCCCGGCGAUGCUGGCCAGCCACAUGAGCGCCCUCAGCCAGUCCCAGCUCAUUUCUCAGAUGGGCGUCCGGAGUGGCAUCGCCCACAGCUCCCCAUCACCCCCAGGGAGCAAGUCGGCGACCCCCUCUCCCUCCAGUUCAACUCAGGAGGAGGAGUCGGAAUCGCAUUUCAAGAUGUCGGGAGAAAAGAGACCCUCCGCCGACCCCGGCAGAAAGGCCAAGAACCCAAAGAAGAAAAAAAAGAAGGACCCCAAUGAGCCACAGAAGCCCGUGUCGGCCUACGCGCUUUUCUUCAGAGACACUCAGGCCGCCAUCAAGGGACAGAACCCCAGUGCCACCUUCGGGGAUGUGUCCAAAAUCGUGGCCUCCAUGUGGGACAGCUUGGGAGAGGAGCAGAAGCAGAGCUCCCCCGACCAGGGUGAGACCAAGAACCCUCAGGCGAACCCACCGGCCAAAAUGCUCCCACCCAAGCAGCCCAUGUACGCCAUGCCAGGCCUGGCCUCCUUCCUGACGCCAUCUGACCUGCAGGCCUUCCGCAGCGGGGCCUCCCCCGCCAGCCUUGCCCGGACGCUGGGCUCCAAGUCGCUGCUGCCGGGCCUCAACGCAUCCCCACCACCGCCCCCCUCCUUCCCUCUCAGCACCCCCCUGCACCAGCAACUGCCACUGCCGCCCCACACCCAGGGCACCCUCCUCAGCCCACCUGUCAGCAUGUCCCCAGCCCCCCAGCCUCCCAUCCUGCCCACUCCCAUGGCACUCCAGGUGCAGUUGGCCGUGAGCCCCUCACCUCCAGGGCCACAGGACUUCCCUCACGUCUCUGAGUUCCCCAGUGGUUCCGGAUCCCGCUCCCCUGGCCCAUCCAACCCCACGAGCAGCGGAGACUGGGACAGCAGUUACCCCAGCGGGGAGUGUGGCAUCAGCACCUGCAGCCUCCUCCCCAGGGAUAAAUCGCUCUACCUCACCUAAGCCCGCCUCCCUCCCCUCCCUGAGGCUUGCUGGAAGGGCACUGCUCAGAGCCUGAAGGGCUGACAGCAGAAAAGAGGCCUUGGCAGGACGCGGGGUGCCGGAGAAGAGAGAGCAGUGACACGACCACGGCCCCGGGCUGAGUCUCUUCCUCAACCUCCCACCAGACUCUGCAGAGGCAGCGCACCGCCCGCCGCCAGCCCAAAGAACCUGCAGGAACCUUCCACCCCCUGACCUGCUUGCUCCAGGGUUACUGUGGACCCUGCUCCUCUCCCUGCCACCGUACCCCAUGUCGGGAUGUCUGGCCCCAGCCCAAAGUCGCGUGAGCCGCCCCUGGACGGAUCACUCUGCAGCAGAAACCCGCCCCCAGAUGCAUAGGGCAGGGGCCAGCUCAGCCCCAGAUGUGCAAAUACGGUUUUACAGUGCGAACAAGACAUUAUGAAACAAACUGUUGGCUCCGUGUAAGUACUAGUUGACUAAGUGUUUUAGAAACUGUGCUGAAGACACCUGUAAGAUUAUUUUGUUGCGGGGUGGGGAGGGGUGGGGAGAAAGUAGAUUCCUUUAAGGUAAAAAGCAUUUUCUAUGACCCUUAGCACAUUUUUUUAAGUGUUAUCUUAAGGGAGAUGUGCACGAAAGAAGCGGCCAAACCGUUUGAUCGUCUGUACAGCAGGAACCGGACGAUUUAUAGCCACACUCAGAGACGUUACGCUUUUUUUUUUUUUAAUCAUACGUUUAUUUAAAAUCACCAACAACGACUUCUGUCUAUUUAUAAGGAACAACGGAGAACAAACUGCAGCUUAUCAUAAAGUGCGCGUGCUUUGGGGGCUUUGGUUUGGGUUUGGGUUCUUAAAGUUUGCAGCCGUUUUCUGACCCUGCAAGUGUCUGCCUUGGUGCACAGUGCUUCUCUCGAAUUUCUUUAUAAUAAAACUUCUGAAAAGUUG